AAGAGAGUUUGUUAAGGAUCAUGGCGGGGAGAUUGUCAUUUCAUUGCUGCCGGAAUAUUUCGUCCUUAAAUUGGGUGAAAGCUGCAUUGUUGUUUUUUAUUUACCACCUGGCUGGGGCAGUAUCUGAUCGAGUGAUUGUUGAUCCACAUAUAACAGCAGUGUUGGGAAAAAAUAUCACAUUAAUCUGCAAAGUUUUUGUCGUGGAGGCUCUCACACAAAUUUCCUGGGAAAAAGUACAGAAUGGAAGCACUCAGACUCUUGCUGUCUACAACCCAUCCUAUGGGAUCUCAAUUGAUGAGCCAUAUCAGCAAAGGAUGUCUUUCAAAAGCCCUUCCAAUAGGGAUGCAACGAUUAUACUUGAAGAUGUCAGAUUUACCGACACUGGAGAAUAUAUAUGCAAGGUGACCACCUUCCCUUCUGGUAACUCGCAGUCAUCAACCACCGUUUCUGUUAUGGUUGAACCAAAAGUAUAUGUUGUGAAGGGUUCACAACCUCUGAUUGAUGGUGGAAAUGAGACCAUAGUUGCAGUGUGCAAGGCUGAGAAAGGAAAACCUGCUGCUGAAGUCACCUGGGAGUCUGAUGUUUUUGGACAGUCCUUUCAAAAUCUGAGCACAGAACCUAAUGAAACAAUAACUGUUAGCAACUAUUACAAGUGGAUACCAACUAGAUUUGCACAGGGAAAACAGCUAACCUGUGUAGUCAGGCAUCCAGCCUUAGAAAUGGAAGUUCGAAUUCCCUUUGUUCUGAACAUAAAGCAUGCCCCUGAAGUUGGAAUAACUGGCUAUGAUGAGAACUGGUUUGUUGGAAGGGAAAAUGUGCAACUUAAAUGCAAUGUAGCUGCAAAUCCUCCACCAACAAAAUAUGCAUGGAGUCGUUCUGAUGGAGAGUGGCCCAGUGAUCUGCAGUCUGUGAACAAUACUCUUAUAUUUAGCAAACCCCUGCACCAUAAUCACUCGGGGACUUAUCAGUGUGAAGUCACAAAUGAAAUUGGAAGCAGCAAGAAGCAAAGGACAAUUCAUAUAUUAGAUCCUCCUCCUACUACCACACUUUCAACAACGUCACGUCCUUUUGUGGCAUCCGAUAUCACAAGCUUAGCUGCAACCAAUCGAUCACAGUUCACUUCCCCAACACUGGAGUCUUUGCACAGUGGCAAUCUGGGUAGCAUCAUUGGUGGUGCAGUGGGUGGUGCCUUGUUUCUUAUUUUGCUCAUCAUCGUCCUUGGAAUGUGCUACAUGAGGAAAAGGAGAACUUUUCGGGGAGACUACUACACCAAACAGUACUUGGGACCAUCAGACAUGCAAAAGGAGUCGCAAUUAGAUGUACUACAACCUCAUGAGCUUGAGCUUUAUAGUGACCCCAGCAAGGGUACCAUUAAACAAAAGCCUAAUGAUAUGAUUUACCCAGAUUACCCAAAAGAAAUGAAAAACCACGACUGGGGCACCAUAGACAAUAUGAACAAUGGAUGUCCAGAAGACUCAAUGCCAGUUGAAUAUUAUGAAGAUCGAAGACUUCCUAUAGGAACAAAAUACGUUCAAGAUGACUAUUAUGAAGGCAAUGAUGGAGACUUUGUAUCACACCUGGAUGGUUCAGUAAUUUCAAGAAGAGAAUGGUAUGUGUAGGGUUUAUUAAAAAAAAAAAAGACUAUAAUGUACAAAGUAAUAUUAAAUUCUCUAGCUCUGUCUUUACAAAAAAAAAAAAAAAAACGCAAACAUGCUUUACACUUUUAGUUCAGCAUACUGUAUCUACACACUAUGUGUUACCUGAAUUACAAAAAAAAAAAAUCAACUGGUGUUGGUAAAAUGUUUUAGCACUAAUUGGAAGGGUAAAGAGGAUGGUGUUGCACUCUUAUGUCUAUUUUAUUAUUGACGUGAAAUAUGUGUAUUCUGUAGAAUCAUCCUUACUUUUAUAUGCCUUUAUCUGAUAACUCGGUGAAUCUGUUUUCUUUGAAUACCCACUUAAAUAAUUAUGGUAAUAGUGGCUCUAAAAAAUAUUGAAAACCCUUUUUAACUUUCUUCUUUUAGAAUGGUUUUUAAGUUCUGACACAAAAGAAAUUUUUCACAUGGUUUAAAUAAGAUACGUACUUGACAUUAAGUUGAUGUAGGUGGCGUAAAAUACAGAAUGCUGUCAGGAGGCCACAAAGCUUAGUUUAUACCUGACACACACAUACAGAAAACACACACACAUAACAGUAUGCAUAUAUACAGUAGGAACCAACCUAAUGAAAUGUUCAUUGUGAAGAAAUGUACGUCUGCUGUAUUAACAGGUUUUCUUUCAUGCUCGUGUUGUGCCUCUCAAUUUUUUCCAAACCUCACCAUAAUUCAAUAGUAUUAAUGCUACCUGUGCACUGAAAUCACUGAGUUAUAGUGCCUAUAUACAAUAAAUGCAAAAGUGAAUUUGCAUUGGGAACAUAUUUUGAACAUAUGUUAAAUUCUUCUGUGUUCUAACAACUAAUGGUAUUGCCCAGUGGGCAAGAAUUUAUAGAGAUGAGGUUAAAGGGAGAUUGAGGAUCUAUACUUUGGUACUGUUUCUUUAUUUCCAAUUUUUUUUCCAUAUUGAAUUGCAUUUUUUUUUUUCCUCCAAAAGUGCAAUUGGAAAUAUCAGAACACAGUUUAAGAAAGGGAAGGUGUUAGGAAAGACUGCUAGUUUGCCAAAAUCUAAGUACGUUUUUUGUGGAGCAUCUCCAAGUAUGAUACUGUGUCUGUGAGUCAAAAACUCACAAAUGUAAAAUGAAACUUUACUGGACUCAGGUCUGUAAUCAGUUAAUGGUAAGUGAAAUUUGGGAAAGAAAGGUCUAAGUAUGAGUUAAUAGUUUACAUAUUUUAAACGUAUUUGCCAUUUUGUCUGGCAAGGUUUGUAUCUAGAUACUUUAUUUGUUAUGUGUUAAAUCAUUUUUGUAUGUUUUACUUUUCUUUCCUUUGUGUAAAAGAUGAGUUUGUACAACAGCUGUAUUUAUUCAAAUUUAAAACAGUUUGGGCCAGUACCAUCUGUAUUAGGACUGCAUCUGUUCAAACUAUUUGUGCUCUAAGUAUUGCAAUUUAAAUCUGAAAGUCCCAUAACCAAAGUAGUUUAUUGGGACUUUGAGGUUUUAUCUUAACAGCAGGUUCAUGACAUACAAGGCAUUUCUCACUCCCUCAAGUCAGCACUUUUGGGUAUAAUGAGAAUAUUUGUCCAGAUGUUUAUUUCUUUAAAAAAAAAUAAAAUGGGCCACUGAUUGGUCACAUGAGUUAUAGUGGACAUCCUUAAUUUAUGAAUUGUUAAAAAAAAGAGUUUGAACAGUUAUGGAUCUGUAAAUCUACAUGUGCAUAUAUUACAAUAUAUUUGAAUACAUAUUCUGUACAUGGUACUUUUUGUAUGUGUAUCAUAUUUAAAUGACAGACGACAUUUGUUUCAAAUGCAGUUGCCCUCUUUUGUUUAUUAUGUUUUUUUUUCUUUUUUGUUUUUUCCUUUUUUCUUGUUAAGCUGGCAAAAAAAGAGGUAAUUUUUAUUCCUAAAGUUUAAUAUUCUCACUCUCAGUGCAAGUAAAAUGUUUGUAUGUAUGUACAGUUAUAUGUAUAAUAUUAGAAAUGCUUUUUUAUUUAAAUAGUGAACUUUUUGUAAUUCUCCAAUGAGGUGGGAGUGUGCACUUUCAAGAGAAACUAUUUUUAUUUUUAUUUUUUUUUUUACUUUUUAUUUUUAGCUAAUAGAAGUUUGAAGAAGACAUAGUUAGAUUACUGAGCCUUUCUGUAGAAAAUUAAUGAAAUUGCCCUACUAAACUGAAUCAAAAGGGAUAAAAAAAAAUGUAAAAACAAAAUAACCAGCAAAGAGUUUUCUUUUUUUACCUCGCUUAAAAACAAAAGAAAUGAAGCAAUGGUACUUAAGGUUCCUUCAGAUUCACAAUUUUAUUUGCUAUCUAAAAGAUUGUUUUAGUAUGUAAAGAUGUGUAAAUGAUUUGAUUUGCUGCAUACUUGAUCAGCUACUGUGUGAAAUGAAUGUUUUGAUACUUUUUGUUUGAAUAAAAGACAUUUUUGUCUUUCA